AUGAGUGGCAAAGGCAGGCAAGGCGGCAAGGUCCAGGCCAAAGCCAAGAUCCGCUCAUCAUGGGCCGGGCUGCAGGUCCCUGUGGGCCGCGUGCACCGCCUGCUCUGCAGGGGCAACUACUCGGAGCGGGUAGGGACAGCGCCCAGGUACCUGGAACUGGCGGGCAAUGUGGCUCAGGACAAGAAGACCCGCAAUAUCCCGCCCCACCUGCAGCUGGCCAUUCACAAUGACAAGGAGCUCAACAAGCUGCUGGGCAAGGUCACCAUCGCUCAGGGCAGUGUCCUGCCCAACAUCCAGGCUGUGUUGCUGCUGUCUAAGAAGACUGAGAGCCACCACAAGGCCAAGCAAGGGCAAGUAAAACAGCCGGAGUUGUACUUAGAGAACUUCUGA